AUGGCCGCAGUCGAGAAAGUCGCCGUGAUAGGCGCCGGUGCCCUGGGCCUCAUGGCCACGAAACAGCUGACGGAAGACGGCUUUGACGUGACGGGCUUCGAGGCCCGACCCUACCUGGGCGGCCUAUGGAAAGACACCGACGACAGCUCCAUCUCGGUGCAUCCCACGACCAUUUUCAACACAAGUAAAUACCGCGCGGCCACGUCUGACUUCCCCUUUCCCGAGAGCGCUGGCGUAUACCCCACCGCCGCGCAGAUCCAUGCCUACCUGAAUGCUUAUGCGGACCACUUUGACCUCAGACGCAAGAUCAGGGUGGGCCACCGCGUCCGCCAUAUUGUGCGGAGGGAGAGGGAGGAGGGAGGCGAAAGCGCGGGCGGUAUAUGGGAGAUCAAGGUCAAGGACGUGCAGUCGGGGCAGGAGACGACAAACUUCUUUGACCGGGUCUGCGUGGCGACGGGAUCGUUCAUCACGCCGCGAUGGCCCAAACUGGCGGGCCUCGACAAGUUCGCCGGCAGUGUCCACCACAGCAUUGACUUUCACGGAAGCGCACCGUUCAAGGACCACAACGUCCUGGUUCUCGGUAUCCAUGCCACGGCGCAGGACGUCACCAAUGCUCUGUCCGAAACGGCCAAACAGGUAUAUUUGAGCCAUCGACACGGCUUGACCCUUCUGCCACGAUAUAAUGACACGGGCACACCCUUUGACGUGGCUCUGGGCCUACCCGUCAUGCUGUUUAUGAUUUUCAUGGAGAGGACUCUGCCACGGUUCUGGACUUGGGUUCUCGACAGAAUGGUCGGUUCGAUCUCCAGGAAAUCUUUCCCGGCGAUUCCCGAACACUGGGGUCUAUCGCCAGCCCCUUCAAUGGCCGUCUCGACGCCAUUAAUGGCAGAUACCCUUUGGACUUUUCUCGAGUCUGGGUUCGCCAAGCCGGUCCCUGCCGUCAAGGAGAUCACGGGUCCCAAGACGGUCAUUCUGACAGACGGCCAGGUGUUGGAGGACAUUGAUAGUAUUAUAUAUUGCACAGGGUAUCACUUCAACAUGCCCGAAGAUCUCAUUCCUCGGGCUGCCGAAGGCUCGCUUGCCUACGACCCAUAUCCCAAUGGGCCCGGCCACAAUCCCCAUUUGUACAUGAAUAUUUUCCCCAUGAAUGAUGAUCCCCAGAUCCGGACAUCACUGGCCUUUCUCGGCCACGCCGCCACAAACUAUCCGGGAUUCGUGCAAUUCGAGCUCCAGGCCAUGGCCGUGUCUCAAGUGUGGAAGGGUCGCAGCUCUCUACCGCCUCGUCCCAAGAUGCUCGAGUGGUUCCGCAACCAUACUUCGUGGCGUCAAAUGAUGGCGAAAAGACACCAUGUGCCCGAGGCAGGACACACUUUUUAUCCCGCCAUGAUACCGCAGGCAGAACUGAUCCCCUGGCUAGACGAAAUGGCAGGAACAGGUGUGUUCGACACGUUUGGGGGAUGGUUCAAUGGCCUGUUCAAUCCCAGCACGUGGAAGCUGUGGUGGCAAGACCGCGAGCUGUAUAACCUGUGCACGAAAAAGUUGCUCUGUCCCGCCAUCUUUAGAGCCAUUGACACGGGGAAACGCGAGGCUUUGGGGUACGAGGCUGUCAAGGAAAUAUUGAGAAGCCAGAACGCGAGUCUUGAGCGGUCCAUCAAGGCCAAACAGGAAGAGAUGGCGCUGAAGGACCAAAAGAAGAAGGCUUGA